ACUGUAAAACUUUCAUUUGGUAUUCAGCAACAUUUCUAAAGAAGCGGUUCGUGCUAAUUGCAAUUGUUUUUUAUUUUAAAUAGUGCUUCAAUCAUCACUGGGAACGAUAAGAUCGUUUGUAAUGGCAAUGCAACCGCACAGCAAGAAGAGGGUUUGUUAUUACUACGACAGCGACAUUGGCAAUUACUACUAUGGGCAAGGACAUCCAAUGAAACCUCAUCGUAUUCGUAUGACCCACAACUUGCUGCUCAACUAUGGCUUAUACAGAAAAAUGGAAAUAUACAGACCACACAAAGCUACAGCAGAGGAGAUGACGAAAUUUCACUCGGACGACUAUAUCAAGUUUUUACGUUCAAUUCGUCCAGAUAACAUGUCGGAAUACAAUAAACAGAUGCAAAGGUUUAACGUAGGCGAGGAUUGUCCAGUAUUCGACGGACUCUACGAGUUUUGCCAACUGUCCGCGGGGGGAUCGGUAGCUGCCGCAGUAAAGCUGAACAAGCAGGCGUCCGAAAUUUGUAUUAAUUGGGGCGGGGGUUUACAUCACGCCAAAAAGUCGGAAGCAUCCGGUUUCUGUUACGUUAAUGACAUUGUGCUCGGAAUUCUCGAGCUCUUGAAGUACCACCAACGGGUGUUGUAUAUUGAUAUCGAUGUUCAUCACGGUGAUGGUGUUGAGGAGGCGUUUUAUACUACAGAUCGAGUGAUGACGGUCUCCUUCCAUAAGUAUGGGGAGUAUUUUCCGGGCACGGGCGAUCUGCGCGAUAUCGGUGCGGGAAAAGGGAAAUAUUACGCGGUCAAUAUACCGUUACGCGAUGGUAUGGACGACGAGUCCUAUGAAAGUAUAUUCGUGCCGAUUAUCAGCAAGGUGAUGGAGACUUUUCAACCGAGCGCCGUGGUCUUGCAGUGCGGGGCCGAUUCGCUUACCGGCGACCGUUUGGGUUGCUUCAAUCUGACCGUGCGCGGUCACGGUAAAUGCGUCGAGUUCGUUAAGAAGUACAAUUUACCCUUCAUGAUGGUGGGAGGUGGCGGUUACACCAUUCGAAAUGUGAGCCGCGCGUGGACUUACGAGACUUCGGUCGCGUUGGGAGUGGAGAUUGCUAACGAAUUGCCGUAUAACGAUUACUUCGAGUAUUUCGGGCCCGAUUUUAAGUUGCACAUCAGCCCGAGCAAUAUGGCGAAUCAGAAUACGCCCGAGUAUCUCGAGAAGAUUAAGACUCGACUGUUCGAAAAUCUCCGGAUGCUUCCUCACGCCCCCGGAGUGCAGGUGCAGGCGAUACCUGAGGAUGCUAUCCACGAGGAUUCGGAUAAUGAGGAUAAGGUCGAUAAGGACGAAAGGUUACCACAAAAGGAGUUGGAUAAACGCAUCGCGCCAGAAAACGACUUCUCAGACAGCGAAGAUGAAGGUGAGGGCGGAAGGCGGGAUCAGAGGAGUUAUAAGGGUAGAAAGCGGCCCAGGUUAGAGAAAGGUGGUGACAGCAAAGACGGCGGAUUGGAUGACAAAUCCCUUAAAGAUGAAUUGAAAUCAGAUAAAGAUGAUAAAGAGGAUUUGAAGAGCAGUAUUGAAGACAAUAAGAAGGAGGUGGGGGUUGCGCCGUGACGAAGCAACUAUUUGCAACAUUCUAAAUAUACGUGAUGUAGUUAAAUUUUAUUUAUUCCUCGUUUUCGUUUGCGUCGCAACAUUAUGAGUACUUGUGAAAGGAGCGAAUUUAAGUUUUUUUUAACUUCCAAGUUCACCUCUGAGUUGAAUGAUUCAUCAAGCUGUACAAAGUAUUUAUUUUAAGGUGUCGAUGCAGUAUAACCGGCUUAUGAAAUUACCGAGGAGAUAUUUGUAAGGUAAUUAUUUGUAGUAGGUUGUACUGUAUCAAUUUUAGACGAAUUGUAACUUGUAAAUACACUUUUAUUAUUUACCUUAGGUCGCGCCACAUUUAUAAGUGUUUUCAUACAAUUUAUUAAAUAAAUUACUCGUACAAUGCG